GGAGUCCUGGCGUGCAUGCCCGCCGGGCGCCGCAGCCCCCGUGGCUUGGAGCUACAGGCCCAAGGCCCCAAGAGGGAAGUCACCAGAGUGUGUUGUUUCUUCAUCCAGAACUCAGGUCUUCUGACUCUUAGGACCAGCGAGGCCUGACUCCCAUCUCCUCAUGAGCUUGUCGGGAUCUGCGCUGCCCGGGAGCGACUUCGCAGUUGGUCCAGCAUGAACUGGGAGGUUCUUGACCGCGUGCCCCUGCUGCUGUACAUCUUGGCGGCGAAAACAUUGAUUCUCUGCCUGGCGUUUGCCGGAGCCAAAAUAUACCAAAGGAAAAGAUUGGAAGCAAGACGGCAACAACUGGAAGCUGAAAAGAAGAAGCAGUCGGAGAAGAAAGAUAACUGAAGGGAAGCCAAAGGUGCUGGGACUCUGCUGAACGUGUGACGAGGAGCAGCUCCCCUCAUUCUGGCUGCUGGUCCAGUUUCUUCAUCGAUCAAGCCGAGCUCUGUGCUUCUGUAAGAAUUAGAGGGCUCAGCUGUGGUGGCAGGGGAUUCCAGGACAGUGGUGGCCGGUGACCAGAGCUGCCCGACCGGGGGCUUGUUACAACGCAGAUUCCUGGGCUCCAGCCAGCAAGCUAUGUCAUUAGUCUGCGGUGGUCUGGGCGUUGGUUCUGAGAGCCGUGACCCUCCCGGCGCGGGGGACUGCAGAGCCCAGGGCCCUGGCCCCCGAGGCCCCGCGCUUCUGCCGACAUGCGUUCUCUGACGGCAUUCUCGGACUGUUGAGGGUGAGCGCACGCUUGUUAACAACAGUUGCGACACUGCGUGGUUACCGCGUGCUAGCGCUUUGCUGAGCAUCUCACACCCGGCGGUGCUGUUCCUGCUCCUGACAGACCCCCGAGAUCCAUUCAGACAACAGAUGGCUCCGCUGCGCGUGGUGAAGGUGCAACCUGUGAGGGCUUUGGGCCUCGCCCGGCACGGGCACGGGGCGCUGGCAUGGCCCAGGUGGAGAGCUCCGGCCCAUCUCAGCCGGCACUCACUGCCCUCGGAGCUGCAGGCCUGUGCCAGGCACGGCAGGGCUGUCAUGGAAACUCACCUUUGUAGAGAGAUGUUUCAUCGGCUGAAACAGGACUAGCAGUGGGUGGGGAAGAGGGAGCACACCCACAUUCAAGGAGGGAGGCUGUUUACCCAGGAACGUUGAGUGAGUUGUGGAAACUUGUGAUCACACACACUCCUCCCUCCCGGGAAGACCAGAGGCUGCUCCGCGGGGGGUGGGGUGGGGGGGUGCUGACAGCUCAGAGCUGGGGUGGGUCCCCUCCCAGCCUGGUUUUAACAGAAGGGAUUUUUCGACGGAAGGGUAAUUGUGCUGAAGGUACAGGGACAUGGUCCCUUUUCUGAGAAGGAAGGUGCCUUCGUUAACAUGAGCUUCAGUGGAGUCGGGUCCGAGGGCUGGAUGCUCGCCUCUCAGACGGCUCCUGCUCACCUGCGUCGUCUUCCCGAGACUUCACGUGCACGUCUGCUCCAGCGGACUCCAGCCGAGCAGGAAGAGGAGACUCCUGCUUGCUGAGUGGUGUCAGGACAAAUCCCAGCUGUAGCUUUAGCUUUAUGUGAUCUGUUACGUGCUUUUAAAACAACCAGUCUUUUCUUUAAUAAAAUACC